CCGGGCGAGCGAGCGGCGGGCAGCGGCAAGGUGUCCCGCGCGCCCGGUCCCUGGGGCCCGCCUCUCUGUGCACCCAUCUCCCCAGCUACGGCGCCCCGAGGCCCCAAUCGGCCCAGAGCAGCGGCUGCGCCUCGCCGCGCGAGUUCUUGCCUUUGCCUGGGCGCCGGACAUGAACCCGACCGCCACCUGAGGCGCAGGGGGCGCUGCGCGGGAGGACCGCGCCCCCGGGCUCCGGUUCUCUGCACUGCGGGGCGCCCGUUCUGACCCUGGUGGAGGCGUUGAGAGGAACAUCGAGCCAGAGGCAUGGAGCCCGAGGCGCCCGCGGAUCAGGCCCGGGCCGCUGCAGCCAAGCUGUCGGAAGCGGUAGGCGCAGCGCUGCAGGAGCCCCGGCGGCAGCGGCGCCUGGUGCUGGUCAUAGUGUGCGUGGCACUGCUGCUGGACAACAUGCUGUACAUGGUCAUCGUGCCCAUCGUGCCGGACUAUAUCGCCCACAUGCGCGGGGGCAGCGAGAGCGCCACCCCGGACCCUGAAAGCUGGACAAUCACCCCGCCGCCGCCCACAGCAGCCAAUGCCUCCUUGGCCAACGCCUCGGCGCCCCCGACGGCGGCAGGUCCGGCCUGGUCAGCCUUGCGGCCCCGCUACCCCACGGAGAGCGAGGACGUGAAGAUUGGGGUGCUAUUCGCCUCCAAGGCCAUCCUGCAGCUGCUGGUGAACCCCCUGAGUGGGCCCUUCAUCGACCGCAUGAGCUACGACGUGCCGCUGCUCAUUGGGCUGGGCGUCAUGUUCGCUUCUACGGCCCUGUUUGCUUUCGCUGAGGACUACGCCACGCUCUUCGCCGCGCGCAGCCUGCAGGGCCUGGGCUCGGCCUUCGCUGACACGUCCGGCAUCGCCAUGAUCGCGGACAAGUAUCCGGAGGAGCCCGAGCGCAGCCGCGCUUUGGGUCUGGCCCUGGCCUUCAUCAGUUUCGGAAGCCUGGUGGCCCCACCCUUCGGGGGCAUCCUCUACCAGUUUGCCGGCAAGCGCGUGCCCUUCCUGGUCCUGGCGGUUGUGUCGCUCCUCGACGCGCUCUUGCUGCUGGUGGUGGCCAAACCCUUCUCGGCCGCCGCUAGAGCUCGGGCCAACCUGCCGGUGGGCACGCCCAUACACCGUCUCAUGCUGGACCCCUACAUCGCCGUGGUGGCAGGCGCACUCACCACCUGCAACAUACCCCUCGCCUUCUUGGAGCCCACCAUCGCCACGUGGAUGAAGCACACGCUGGCGGCGUCCGAAUGGGAGAUGGGCAUGGUCUGGCUGCCUGCCUUUGUGCCCCACGUGCUGGGCGUCUACCUCACUGUGCGCCUAGCGGCUCGCUACCCGCACCUACAGUGGCUCUACGGCGCGCUUGGGCUGGCUGUGAUCGGCGCCAGCUCUUGCCUGGUGCCUGCCUGCCGCUCCUUCGCGCCGCUCGUAGUCUCGCUCUGCGGCCUCUGCUUUGGCAUCGCACUGGUCGACACGGCGCUGCUGCCCACGCUUGCCUUCCUGGUGGACGUGCGCCACGUCUCGGUCUACGGCAGCGUCUACGCCAUCGCUGACAUCUCCUACUCGGUGGCUUAUGCGCUGGGGCCCAUAGUGGCUGGUCACAUCGUGCACUCGCUAGGCUUUGAGCAGCUCAGCCUGGGGAUGGGCCUGGCCAACCUGCUCUACGCUCCCGUCCUGCUGCUCCUGAGAAACGUGGGCCUCCUGACGCGCUCCCGCUCCGAGCGCGACGUGCUGCUGGAUGAGCCGCCGCAGGGCCUGUACGAUGCCGUGCGCCUGCGUGAGCGCACCGCGCCUAGUGAGGACGGCGAGCCCAGCAGCUCCCCCGGCCCUUUUGAUGGGUGCGAGGACGACUACAACUACUACUAUACCCGCAGCUAGCAGCCCCACUCCUUCUCCAGGCCACCCGCCCUUAAUCCUUGGGUCCAGGUGGCUUCACUGCUAGCGCCAACUCAGGCUCAGGGCCCCUCCCGCGAGCACCCCAACCCCACCUCAGUCCUGUUUUCGCUCGCCCAAAGCCCCUCUCAGGACCCACUCCCUAUUUCUCUCUCGAGCCCAUGGGGCACGUAGAGCCUU